AUGUUGGAGAACAUGUCCCGACGCAACCGCUCGCUGCUGUCCCUGUCCCUCACGUCUCUGGCGCUCACGCUGUCCGUGUCGGCGUUCUGCACGUCCUACUGGUGCGAGGGGACGCACAAGGUGGUGAAGCCGCUGUGCCUGUCGCCCGUCAAGCUGAAGAACUGCGGACAGAACGACAGCCAACCGUACACCACAGAGGCCCCCACCCCAGACCCCAAGAACCCCGGCUCCAACGUGACGCUGACUCCGCUGCAGAAGGAGGAGCUGGCCCGGCUGAAGAAGAAGCAGCUGGCCAACGCCGUGCACUACAUCUGGGAGACGGGCGAGGACAAGUACAUGCUGCGCUACUUCCACACGGGCUUCUGGCUCUCGUGUGAGAAGCACAAUGAAGGUGAGGAUCAGGUGGAGAAGUGUCGCAGCUUCAUCGAGCUCACGCCAGGAGAAACUCAAGGCGUCCUCUGGCUGUCCGUCAUCAGUGAGUUCAUGUACAUCGGCCUCCUGGCCAUGGGGUUCCUGCUGAUGUGGGUGGAGUCCAUCUGCCUCUGUGCCAACAGGGAGAUGAACGCCCUCAAGAUCAACGCCUACGCCGCCAUGUGCACCGUCCUCUCCGGUCUGAUGGGGAUGAUGGCGCACAUGAUGUACACCACCGUGUUCCAGAUGACCGUCAGCAUCGGACCCAAAGACUGGCGGCCGCAGAGCUGGGACUACGGGUGGUCCUUCGCAAUGGCGUGGCUGUCGUUCAGCUGCUGCAUGGCGGCCGCCGUGGCGACUCUCAACUCCUACACGAAGACCCUCAUCGAGAUGAAGCACCGCGCCCGGGUGAGGCUGGAGGAGGCCCACGCCGCCACCUUAGCCCCUUCCUAUGAGGAGGUCGUCCGAGGAGGAGGAGGCGGCGGCGGAGGGGGAGGAGCCGGGGUUUACUCCGUCAGCCAGCUGAUUCAGCUCGGCCACCAGGGGGUGCUCAUGGACCCAACGUGGCCCAGAGGGGUGGGACCAGCUGUUGGACCUCUGGCAUGUGGAGCCGGGGGAGCGCUGCUCGUCGGUGGAGGAGGGAUCGGAGUGGGGGAAAUGGGAAUGGGAGGAGUGGAAGUGGGAGGAAUGACUUCUAUGGGAGGAGUGGGAGGAAUGGGACUGGGAGGAAAUGGGGUGGGAAUGGGAGUGGGAGCAGUGGGAGGAAUGGGAGUAGCUGGAGUGGGAGUGGGGGGGCUGGGGGACCCUCACGGCGUGGUGGUGAUGGGGGGGUGCUGCGUUGAAGGAUGUGAAGACUGCGAACGGGAGAUGGACGAGAUAGAUUACGCUUUGCAGGAGGAGAGAGAGGACUCACUCUGCUGA